UAGGCCUUAGGUCGAUAACAUUAGUAUGUCGUCGCCGGUGUCGUUGUCCAAAUAUAAACAAAACCAUCUAAAGAAAACAAUCUAAUAUUGCUGAUCAAUGGAAGUCUAAAGAUGCAGGGCUCUUGGAAAGUGGUCUUGCCCGUUGGAUUUGUGCUGUACUCACUACCGCUGUUCCUGCGGGUUAACGGCACUGCCGAGUACAUAAUCGAUGAAGAGUUUCACAUACCACAGGGCUUGGCCUUCUGUCGCAAGCAAUUCGAUGUGUGGGACUCCAAAAUCACAACGUUUCCUGGCUUAUAUCUACUUGCCUUAGUAUUGCACCCGUUUAACUAUUGCACGGUUACGGGUCUGCGUCUGCUUAGCCUGAUCGGCGCGGGCAUCAACAUUCUGUUGCUGUACAAAAUACGCCGCCGCACCCUAGCUGGCACUGGAGGCAAUGCCUAUGCCGCGCACGAGGCAAUAACGAUGUCAGUGCUGCCUCCUCUGUAUUUCUUCAGUCAUCUUUACUAUACUGAUACGCUGGCCUUGACCAUGGUGUUGUUGUUUUACAAUUACUGGCAGCAGGAGGCUCACCUGCCGGCAUCAGUUUUCGGUGCGGCCAGUGUGCUUAUGCGCCAGACAAACAUUGUCUGGGUGUGCAUGUGCUGUGGCAUCACCAUUCUGGACACGCUUGUGCAGCAAUGCGCCCGGACAACCACGGCCAGUAGCCAACCAAUACGACUAUUUGGCAGCGAACUUUGGCUACAGCUGCUCAGCAGCCCGCAGCUGAUAUGCAAUUGUAUUUUAAGGAUUAUGGCUAAAUGCUGCUUCUACGGCUCCAUCAUAUUACCCUUCAUUGGCUUUAUCUGCAUCAAUGGCUCCAUUGUAGUGGGCGACAAGAGCGCCCAUGAGGCUACUCUACAUUUACCGCAGCUUUUCUACUUUGCAACAUUUGCAGCUGGCUUUGGCAUUUCCAAUACCGUGCGGCAACUGCGUCCGGCGUUGGCGCUGCUGCGACGCCAUAUAGUGCUGGCGUUGCUAAUUACGUUGCUCAUAGCCUCGGUGGUGCAUUUUAACACCGUGGUCCAUCCGUACUUGCUAGCCGACAAUCGUCACUACACCUUCUACAUAUGGAGUCGCCUCUACGGCCGCUACUGGUGGUUCCGCUAUGCCAUGGCGCCGCUGUAUUUGUUCGCUCUGGCGCUGCUCUGCUGUGGACUGCGACAUAUGCCUGACAGCUUCAAGUUGAUGUUUCCGCUGUCGCUGCUUCUCGUUUUGUGCUUUCAGCGUUUGCUAGAGCUGCGCUAUUUCCUGGUGCCAUAUAUAAUCUUCCGACUGAAUACGCGGCCGGCACGCAAGGGCUUUGCCGAGUGGCUGGAGCUGGGCGCACAUCUGCUCUUGAACGUGGUUACGUUCUAUGUGUACUUAACAAAAGAAUUCUAUUGGAAAAACUAUCGCACACCACAACGAAUUAUUUGGUAAAGAAAUAUGCGCAUCCAUAACUAAACCUUUUUUGUUUAAA